UUGAUCACGUGGUCCUAAGCCCCACCGAGUCCCGUUCUGAGUUGGGUCGAGAGCGAGCACAGAUUGGAGUUGUACAAAUAUUCUGCGAUUUCGGACCGUUUACUGCACGGAUUUGCGCUGAAAAGUUCCCUAAGUGCACCUAGGACGUCUGUAGAGGCUUCGUGUGUGGAGUAACGCUGGUGUUUGGCCGGAUCGGUGUUGUAAAGGCCUAGACUGCAGUCCACUGCUGAUGUCUUGCAGGAGAUAGCAAGACUUCUUCCUGCGGGAGAAUUCCACAAGCCUGGCAGACAGAGCCGACCAUGGGCCUGUGCAGGUGCUUACAGCUGCGCCUGCUGCUUGCUGCCAUGGCAACAGCUGCCAUGGCUGCAGUCACCUCAACCCAAGAUGCUACACCGCACCCUGGAGAACCUCCAUCCUGGAAAAGCUCCCAACAAAAGGACAUCAGUGUGUCAUUAGGACAAACAGCAGAGCUUAGAUGUAGAGUAACUGGAGACCCCAGACCUGAUAUCACGUGGAGCCACAAUGGAAACAUUAUUCAGGACGAAAUGCCAAGAUAUGACUUGGGCAGAUAUCGAUUGACUAUUGACAAUGUCCAAUGGGAAGAUGAAGGAGUCUAUACAUGUAUAGCUGAGAAUCCCUUGGGAACAAUACAAGGAAAUAUCACAUUACAUGUGCAUGAGAGAGAUUCAGACGAUAAUUUCUCAGGCGACGGAAUCUUGAUGGACACCAUAGGUGCUGAAGGUGUGGAUGAUCUGGAUGUGAGAGACCUGGCCGCCCUGAGGGAUGCUGGGGAUGAUGAGGACUAUGCUGCAGAUGAGGAGGAGGAUGAACCAGGGAUGAUUCAUGAUGAUGCUCCCCAUGCGCCAGUGUGGCAGAAGCCAGAAGAUAACCAGAAGAUCAUCGCAGCCCCUGCUGGGAACACAGUCAAGAUGCGCUGCCCAGCGACAGGCAACCCUCGCCCCACCAUCAGGUGGCUCAAGGACAAACAGGAGUUCCGAGAGUCGGACAGAAUGGAGGGCUACAAGAUCCGUAACAAGCACUGGAGCCUUGUGAUGACUGGAAUAGUCCCAUCAGAUGAAGGGUUCUACACCUGCAUCAUCCAGAACGACUAUGGCAGUAUCAACCACACCUACGAGUUGGAUGUCAUAGAGCGAUCCCCAAGCCGACCGAUCCUGGCCCCUGGGCUGCCCCAGAACCAGACUGUUGUGGUGGGGAGCACAGUGGACUUCCAGUGUAAGGUCUUCAGUGAUGCACAGCCACACAUUCAGUGGCUCAAGCACUACGAAGUAAACGGGAGCUACGUGGAUGCCAAUGGCAAACCCCAUGUCAGAGUGCUGAAGAGCUCCAGCAUGGACUUUUCAGAUACGGAUACCAUUCCUAUCGAUGAUACAGCGGAUGUGAAUAACACAAAGCAAGACCUGGAGAAGCUGGUCCUAAGGAAUGUUACUGAGGAGGAUGCGGGACAGUAUACUUGCUUGGCGGGGAACUCUAUAGGCUUUUCCUAUAACUCUGCUUGGCUGACUAUUAUACCAGAAUAUCCCACACCCCCGACAGUGGAGACCAGAAAGCCUGUCCAACCCGACAAGUAUGACAUCGCUGCAGAGAUCGCUGUCUACUCUGUGGGCGGUGUCUUCCUACUCACCAUCUUUGCCUUCGUGGCCAUCUACUACUUCCGCUUCAAGAGGAAACAGGUGCCCAAGAGCAACGAACCACCACUCUGUCAACUGAAGAAACCCUUACACUUGAAAAGACAGGUAUCACUAGAGUCAUCUUCAUCUAUCAACUCAAAUGCACCGCUGGUGAGAUUACGAAGUACGAGACUGUCGUCAUCAUUAGGGGGUGUCACUGAGUACGAGUUGCCCCUCGAUCCUGACUGGGAGUUUCCAAGAGACAGAUUACAUCUUGGUAAACCUCUUGGGGAGGGCUGCUUUGGUCAGGUGGUGAUGGCUGAUGCUGUGGGCAUCAUUGAGAAGGAGACAGUCACCACAGUAGCAGUGAAGAUGCUGAAAGAGGAUGCCACGGAGCGCGAGCUUGCCGACCUGGUUUCUGAGAUGGAGACGAUGAAGAGGAUCGGCAAGCACAAGAACAUCAUCAACUUGUUGGGCUGCUGCACUCAGGAUGGUCCCCUGUUUGUAAUUGUGGAGUACGCAGAGCACGGUAACCUGCGUGACUUCCUGCGGUCCAGGAGACCGCCCAGUAUGGACUACUACAAAAUGGCGGUAGAGUGUGACAAGCCGCUCACCCACAAAGAUCUGGUCUCCUUCGCCUACCAGAUUGGCAGAGGGAUGGAGUUCCUGCAUUCGAAAAAGUGUAUACAUCGAGACUUGGCAGCAAGAAACGUCUUAGUUGCCGACGGGAACGUGAUGAAGAUUGCUGACUUUGGCCUGGCGAGGGACAUCCACAACAUGGACUACUAUAAGAAAACCACAAAUGGUCGCCUCCCAGUGAAAUGGAUGCCACCAGAGGCACUGUUUGACAGGGUGUACACUACACAGAGUGAUGUGUGGGCAUUCGGAGUGCUGCUGUGGGAGAUCAUGACGUUAGGUGGCGGCCCCUACCCUGGCAUCCCCGUUGAGGAACUCUUCAAACUGCUGAAGGAAGGACACAGGAUGGAGAGGCCACAGAACUGCUCGGCUGAAAUGUACGAGCUGAUGCGCUGGUGCUGGCAGGCCAACCCCAACACCAGACCAAACUUCAACAUCCUGGUGGAGAAUCUGGACAGGAUGCUCACUCUCUCAGCCAAUGAGGACUACCUGGACUUGGAAGCCCCCCUGGACAGUUUCACGACGAGCUCCUCCCAGCCUCCCAGUUACCAUGGCAGCAGUGAUGAUGUUUUUGAAGAGGAUGCCAAGGUCGACACCGUCAUGCUCCCGCCUCAAGCUCCCAGCAGAAAACCCACAGAUAACAAGGAGACAACGAUAUAGGCUUCCCAGGCCUGAUGUCUUUUGUACCAAACUGUCCACUUUCAACACAUCACUAAUUGUAUAUUACUUUGUGAACAAAAAUAAUCAAUUUGUAUUCAGAGACUAGUAACAAUGCUAUUUGUGUAUAUAAAAAAAAACUCUAAAUGGUAGCAUUGUUCACUGACAGCUAGACUGAAGUGGGCAGAUUUCUGUAACUUUGUACUAAAGUGUAUAGAAACUACGGUUAAGGAAGCAUAGGGUAAGGGCUAGAGCUAAUGCAAGCUUCCAAGACAGUAUUUUAAGUCUUCCUGUGUUUAAACUGUAAGACAAGACAAUUGUGUGCCAACUUGUAAUAUACUGUAUGUUAAACUCUGGGUCAUUGGUUUCAACAUGUACAAAGGACUAUCAUACGUAUAUGUGGGGGUGUAUUAUAUGUAGAGAGGGAAAUGUUGUUGCCUGUGCCAAGACCGGACAUUACCUCCCCUUUUCUGAUCAGGUGUCUUCCAGGAAUGUCUAAGGGAAGACAUGAUGGUGAACUAAAGAAGCUGAUGUGUUAUCAUAUGGUAGUCGAAGCAGGUAUCAGUGGGGAGAAGGGAAGGGGUAGAGCGGAAGGCAACAGGAGUUUUAGGGCUGAGAGAGCAACAAAGUUUGUAAAAUAGUAAAAAAAAAGUUUUCCUAAUCCAAAAGUAUUUUACCAAAUCUUUUACAAAAGUUUAGAGUUGGAAAUACCUGCAAUACGUAUCAAAACCAAUUUGGAUAUUUAUUGAGGAAGUGAAUAUAUUUUUGAUUGUUUGUGAGAGAGGUGAAAUUAUUUAUUCAUAUUGCCAAAAAGUCCAAGCCUUUCUAGGUGAAGUUCUUUGGUAUCAAAUGUAGUAAGCUUUCAAUCAAAUCACUAUUUAGUCUAAAAGAUCUGUAUAUUAUCUGUAUUGGUCUUUGUGUCCUAGAGAGAUAAAGUAACUGUUAUACUGCCUCACCAUCCCCUGUGGGGACUAUUAGGUAGAGUUAGAAUCUUCAGGUCUCAGAAAAUUGUCAUGUAGGAAAAAUAACUCACAAAUAUUUGUUUUUAAAAAUGUAGAACCCAUGGCUUGAAUUGCAGUUUGAACUUCUGCAGAAAUAGAGCAUAGCACUGAUGAAAUUGCAUGUACAUCUUCAGGUGUGGUGUUUUUCCUACGAGGAACAUUUUCUAGAGACCUGUUCUUAGUUCCAAGUGACGGGGUUCCACAUGUACAAUCAGCAGCAAGGAUAAUCAUUGUGUGGUUUUUAAAUGUGAUCAAGCGUCAACAAUCAGGCUUGGUCUUAUAUCAAGAGUUAGAUCUUUAUUAUUGGUGCAUACAGGAGUUUGGCCCCCUUACCUCUGCAUCCCACCAUUUGUAUUAUAUCCACAUUUUCUAAGAUUUUGUCUUAGUUCUUUUUACAUUAUUACCUCCAAAGUGUCAGAAUAUGGGAUGUUACAGCUGUUCUUGUUUGCCUGUCUUCCAGUUCAAUAUUCUCAUGUAGCUCACUCUCUCUAAACAAAGUAGGAUUUCAGGGAAUUCCCAUGUGCCAUAAGUGAUUGGAAGAAAUCUUAGUCUUCUACAGGAAAUGCAUGAUCUUUGUUAUUUUUCUUCAUUGAAACUUUUAUACUCCCA